AUGUCGACACCCACGAGGUCGACGCCAGUCAAGCCCUCCCCCGCGUCAGCGACGGACAGCCCCGGCACCUGGCGCCAUCCUCGCCUCAACGAAAUCACUCGCCGCCGGGAGGCCACGACCUUUUCCGAGAAGAACAUUCGCCGCAUAGCCUACAACACGCUUGCCCUGCUCUCCCUCUGGGCGAUCCGCGCCGUCGUAAAACUGUACAUUAGUCCGCAGAGGUACCGACCCCCCCCCCUCCUUCCACAGCCUGGAAACAACAAGAGUGCUGACCGCUGCCCGAAACACAGCUUCUCCCCCGCGGCUCGACUCUACAUGAGCUGGGCGUGGACCGUAGUCCAGAUCGUCCCCCUCGCGCAGAUUGCGCUCGCCUGCACGCCGCUGCUCCGCGCCCGCGACGAGAUGACGGACAUCCCGCUGACGGCCGCCCAGCGCAAGCUGCUCGGCCUCGCGCCCGCCACCGCGUCUCCCGUGGCUGCUGCGGCGACGGCCGACCUCGUCUUCAGCACGCCGCCGCGCUACUCGCGCACCCCGUCAAUGGCCGGCUCCGUCGGCAGCCGCGGCAGCUACGGGUCGCCGCUGUCAGGCCGCGGCGGCAGCCCGUUCCAGAACUCGACGACCGGCUCGCCCUUUUCGCCACCUGUGGACAGCCCCCUGCUGCCCAAGAGCGGCAAUGCCCUGUUUGGGGGCAACAACCGCCGGUCCUCGUCGGGGAGCCCCUUUUCGGCCAGCACGUCGCUGAACCUGCUCGGCGACCCUGCCUCGCCGAGCCCGGCCGGCAAGCGGACGAGCGUGGGCCUGAACAGCAAGUGGUUGUACGAAAAGGGCCGGCGGUCGUCGGGCAGUGCAUGGGUGCAUUAA